UUGAUUUCUCCCUUUAUUUCUCCCCUCAUUUUUAUUUUUUUUCUGCGUCUUUUGUACAAAUUUAUUAGCUUUUUACUAUUUUAUUAUGCUAACAAUAAGCAGACUAUACAAAUUUUGUCAACAAAUAAGAUAUGUAUUAGUAUCCGCUUGCUGAAAUCCGCAAAAAAAUCCGUAAAUAAAAAUCCGCAAAAGGGCUGUCCGCAGAUUAGGAUACGAAAAAGCUAUCCGUAAUCCGCAAUAGUAGUCCGCAAUUAAAAUCCGCAAGAGAAGGAAAAUGAAUUACGGACUAGUUGGGAUUUAGGAAAAUUUGCUUGGGUAUCCUGCUUGGUAUCCCUGGUAUAUACAUUCCUACUAUAUCCUUGGGUCGUUGGGUGAUUGGGCUUGAAUUUUUUGUAAUCCUUGGGUUGUUUCCUAAAUCCAAGAGGCUCAAUUGUCGAUCCGCGAAUUUCAAUUUCCGGUCCACAAAUCUACCGCAAAAUCCGGGUCCGCAAGUUUCUGGUCCGCAAAUUUGAAUCCGCAAAGUUUGGCGCGCCCCUCGGGCAUUUUGUAUAUCCUUCCCUUUUCGAGCUUGAUUUACCACUAUAAUUUCAAUCCAUAACCUAAUGAAUUUUUACAAGAAUUUUUUUAAUUUUCAGAGCUUAUUUUAAAAGAAAUUAAAUGAGUCAUCCACCUCCCCCAUUUUCACUUCCUCCACAUCCACCACAUCCUUCAGCCUUUCCCUUCCCUCUCGAUCCAACAACUUUGGCCGCUUUUCAACCUUUUAUGGUUCAAGUUCAGACAGAACAUCGUCGAAAAAAUGCGACAAGAGAAGUUACGGCACCCUUGAAGCAAUGGCUGAAUGCGCAUAGGAAGAAUCCUUAUCCUACAAAGGCUGAAAAGACUUUGCUGGCAGUGGUGACACACAUGACUAUGACACAGGCAAGUUUAAAUUUGAAUGAAAAAUUAUUCUAUCAGGUCUAUAAUAAAGUAGCACCCCAUAUCCCAAAGCCACGACCCCGACGAAUUUUCAGACAUAAACCCCGACCCGAACCCCGAAGAGGGUCUAUCCCAGCAAAACACAAAACCCGGCACUCCCGCCCCCGAAGGCUUGGGAUGCUACCCUAG